GACUCUCUCUCUCUCUCUCUCUCUUUUCUCUUCUUCAAAUUCCUUGAAGAAACCAUUUCCAUAUCGACGAAAUGCAACUACCACACAUUUUAUUAGCCUAAUUAAAUAAAAUGUAAUUCUCAGCUUCUCAAGCGAUCGAUCCACGUGAUAGCCAGUUUUCGCCAAACAACCGCUCACUCACGCACUUUCCGAUUCCCAUACCAGUUUGAGGGAAAAGUGCGUCCACUUCCUUCAGAUAUAUGCGCUGCGUCAACCGUUUGGGGUUUAGACUUGUAGUAGCCUAUAUCAGAACAUGGCUAGGUUUGUAGUGGUCCUGUUCUUUGUCCUGGUUUUCUCCGCCACAACUGCGGCGCAUGAGGAGGUCAUUGAUGUGAUUCUAGCCAGCCUCGCCAAAAGCGCAUCGUUCCUGGAGCAGGAGCACCGCAACAUCAACCUAGACGGAGUGGUCGGGUACAUCAUCCUGCAGGCGGAGUUGAAGGAAGCAGUAAGAACUUGGCCUCACACUGACCCUCUGAGCUGGUCUCAGCGCACCGCUACCGUUACCCUGGUCAAGAGGUUGGACCAGAGCCUGGCCAAGGCUGUCACUGAGCUGGAGAAGACUGACCCCAAAUACUACAGAGAGUUUGAGCCUCUGUUGACCUGGACCUUCUGGUCGGUACCUCAUGAGUGGAGCUCCACAGAUCCCUCUCUGGUCUAUUCCUCUGUCCGCACCAUGGAGUGUUACGAUGAGACACAGAGCGACAAGUGUAUGACCUUGCUACUGGGAACAUGGAAGAACAACGGGACUCCUUGCAUCGUGACCAAGUCGUGUCGUGACACCAUGACGAGGUUUGGAUGUCCUCACUACUCCCUCUCUCACCAGCUGCUUUACUUCAUGGUGGGAGCCAAUAGAGGUUGUUCUGCCAUGUUGAAGGGGGACAUGCGUACGUCGCGUGCUAACCUAACAGAGAGGCAGUACCAGAGGAUAUUCUGCUCCAACAUGCUGAAGGGAAACAUGGACAUCAUACAGAAGGACUUCACCGGGGAGACCCAGGACCUCUUCAACGAAAACAUAAUGCUGUGUGGAUUGGCUGGUUUCUCUGACUUCCUCAAAGUUGAUUGGCUGCAGCACAUUCUGAGGCUGCAGGACCAGGAAGUGGGAUGUUUUACACAGCCCCACAGAAGAGUGAAGAGGAGAGAGAGAAUGUUGAAGGAUGGUUGUGCCAGUCACAUAACAGGCGUGUCGGUGAGCGCUCUGGGAGGAUACCUCAACUACUACCUGACAGAGCAGGACAUCACCAAGAGACCACUCACCUGGAUGUGAACCCCUCAAACCCGUAGGGCUCUGGUCAAAAGUAGUGCAGCAUGUAGGGCAGUGUUUCUCCAACCUCUCCUGGGGACCACCAGCCGUUCCAUGGAUUUGAUCUAUUCCACAGCAGCACCAGUGGUGUAAACUACUUAAGUAUUACUUUAAAGUAAUACUUUUGGGGGGAAUCUAUACUUUACUAUUUAUAUUUUUGACAACUUUUACUUUACUACAUUCCUAAAGAAAA